AUGAAUAUGUUGGAUGAUGAAGAUGACCAAAGCUUUCACGCUACGCGUGACGGCUACUCCCAUUUGAGCGAUGUCGAAUGGGAUGCGGUUGAACGAAUGGGUUCGACCAUGGGCAUCCAUGCUGUUAGCGUCAUGCUAGAGGCUCUCAAUAGAGAUGCCCAACAUGCUACUAUCGCCAAGUUCAUUCAAAAUGAACUUGACGCAGAACGCGAGAAAGUAGCCUUGCUUCACCAACAAGGUUCUCAACAAGCAGAGUUGUUGAGAGAACAAGGUGCUCAACAGUUUGAACUGUUGAGACAGCAGCAGGCUGCUGCUGGCGGGUCGAUGCACUCGCGUCGGCCCGAGACUUUGAAGAUUGACAUCUCAAAGUAUAGGGGGGUCGAAGAAGACUCCCUCUUGAGAUGGUUCGUCGAGGUGGAUGACGCCAUAAGGGCGCGUCGCAUCGACGACGGGGAUAUGCAAGUUGCAUUUGCCCAGUCAAAUCUGGCAGGACGUGCCAAGACUUGGGCACUGGGGCUCAAGCUGCACGACCCAUAUGCGUUUGGGUCGUUGGAAGUCUUCAAGUCGCGGCUCAGACAAACGUUUGAACCGCCUAGAGCUGAGUUCAGAGCUCGAACCGAACUCUUGAAGCUCAAGCAGGGUAAGCGUGAUGUGCACGCUUACGCUCAACAUAUACGACAUCUCACGAGUUGUAUAAGUUCCAAUCCGGUGGAUGAACACACGUUGGUUUCGGUGUUCAUGCAGGGUCUUGCGGAUGGUCCCGUCAAGACUCACCUGUUCCGGCUUGAACUAGAUUCACUAGAACAAGCCAUUUCAAUUGCGGAGCAGGAAGACUUCAGUCUGAGACAGGCUCGCGCCAGCUCGACAUCAUAUCGUCAACCGAGACGAUAUGACAACGGAGGUCCAGAGCCGAUGGAACUCUGUUAUGUAGAGAGCGAGAAGGCUCGCUCUACAGGCUACAAGAAGUUGCAGAGAUGCAACAGAUGUCAAAAGACAGGACACUACGCUUACGAGUGUAGUGCCCCUCGUCCAGUGUCUCGCGACACUGGGCGUAGUGACCGUCCACCCAUGAGAAAGGGGGCAGGGACGAGGGUCCGCAGUUGGUGCAAAGACGCAACAACGGGAUGGACCGUCAAAAAACGGACAGGAUCAGUAGGUGCGGAGCACCCUGCUGAUCCAGCAACGUCAAGAGAAUUUGUAGGCCUCUUGAUGAAGGUUGCUCCCAACACACAGACAUUGUGCGUUGCUGCUCUAGGUAAUGAGAUCUCACUCAUUACCUUGAAACUCGAAGUGACGAAUAAGUUGUCCCUUCGAGCUCUAGUCGAUUGUGGGGCGUCCAACAAUUUUGUGCGACGCCAAUCGCUAGAAGAUGGUCACUUUAAAUUCAGUGAAUGUGACACACCUCCUACGAGGAUGACGGUACGUCUUGCGACAGGCGCAUCCGUAACCGUCAUGAAGCGUAUAGUGAAGAUUCACUAUACGCUAGAAGAUACCCAAUACGACGAUGACUUUAUCGUAUUGGAUUUGGAUGACAAAUUUGAUGUCAUCCUUGGAAUACCGUGGCUCAGAAGGUACGAACCACGGGUAAACUGGCAACAUCGGACAGUAACGAUGCCUGCCGCUUGUUCAUCAGAUGGCCAUCUGAUGAACGUUUUGGAAGCGUCCACAAGCGUGUGGAUGUACUACGAGUGA